UGCCCAUUACUUCACAGCCUGUAUAAGCUCUUGAAAAUCUGUUAGGAAGCCGACAGUUAAGAUUAUUCCAAGCAUCCCAUGUGGGACUUUUAUUUAAUUUCUCUCUUUGUUCUAUUUUAUCUCAUAAUAAACAUCUCUAUUUUUCACUGAGCAGUUCUGCUCUGUUCUUCAGCUUAAUUAUAUCUCCGAUCUUUCUCUUAUACAGAAACAAUACCUUCUUGUGAAAAAAAAAAAAAAAAAACCCAAUUAAAGUUUCUUUGAAUUUAGACCCCUAAUCAUGUGGGAGUCGGAAACCGAGUCGGUUGCGGACCGAGAUUACGGCAAUGGAGUUCUCAGCUCAAGCAAGCAUGGCGUCAAGACUGAUGGGUUUGAGCUCAGAGGCCAUGACUGGUAUGUUGCCACUGAUAUUCCAAGUGACCUUGUAAUUCAAGUUGGAGAUGUCAAUUUUCACUUGCACAAGUAUCCUCUGCUUUCUAGGAGUGGAAAGAUGAACAGAGUCAUAUACGAAUCGCGCGACCCGGACUUAAGCAAGAUAGUUCUCGAUGAUCUUCCCGACGGACCGGAGGCGUUUGAGCUGGCGGCGAAGUUUUGCUACGGAAUUGCUGUUGAUCUGACAGCAGCCAAUAUUUCAGGCCUCAGAUGUGCGGCAGAGUACCUAGAAAUGACAGAGGAUUUGGAAGAAGGAAAUCUUAUCUUCAAAACAGAAGCUUUUCUAAGCUAUGUGGUAUUGUCCUCAUGGAGAGACUCCAUAGUUGUGUUGAAGAGCUGUGAGAAGCUCUCUCCAUGGGCAGAGAAUCUCCAGAUUGUUCGAAGAUGCAGCGAGUCGAUUGCCUGGAAAGCCUGCGCGAACCCGAAAGGGAUUAGGUGGGCAUACACUGGGAAGCAGCAUAAGGUCUCUAGCCCGAAAUGGAAUGACACGAAGGACUCUAGCCCCAGUAGGAGCCAGCAACAGGUUCCUCCCGAUUGGUGGUUUGAAGAUGCUUCAAUCCUCAGGAUUGAUCACUUUGUAAGGGUGAUCACGGCAAUUAAGGUAAAGGGUAUGAGGUUUGAGCUGAUUGGAGCUGUGAUCAUGCAUUACGCGACGAAAUGGCUUCCCGGCUUGAUCAACGAAGGCUCCGUAGGAGUAGCAGAUGAAGGAAGCAACAGCAGCAACAGCAACACAAGCGGCAGCAGCAGCGCUGCUGCUGCCGCUUGGAAAGGCGGGCUCCACAUGAUUCUUGCGGGGACUAAAGAUGACCUCCCCACAGUCCAGGCGAAGGAUCAACGGAUGAUUAUAGAAAGCCUGAUUAGCAUAAUCCCACCGCAGAAGGACAGUGUGUCCUGCAGCUUCCUCCUCAGGCUGCUGAGGAUGGCAAACAUGUUGAAAGUAGCGCCCGCUUUGGUCACCGAGUUGGAGAAGAGGGUCGGAAUGCAGUUUGAGCAAGCCACUUUGGCUGAUCUUCUGAUUCCUAAUUACAACAAGGGGGAGACAAUGUAUGAUGUUGAUCUUGUUCAGAGACUUUUGGAGCAUUUUCUGGUUCAGGAACAGACAGAGAGUUCAAGUCCUAGCAGCCAAUCUUUCUCUGACAAACAUAUGUAUGAUGGAUCUCAAAGGAGUGGUGGUAGUGGACCUAAUGCCAAGAUGAGAGUGGCUAGGCUUGUGGAUAGUUAUCUCACAGAGGUUUCUAGAGAUAGAAACCUUUCUCUCACUAAGUUUCAGGUGCUGGCAGAAGCUUUGCCUGAUUCAGCAAGAACCUGUGAUGAUGGACUUUAUAGAGCUAUUGAUUCCUAUCUUAAGGCACAUCCAACACUCUCUGAGCAUGAAAGGAAAAGGCUUUGCCGAGUGAUGGACUGUCAAAAGCUAUCGAUCGACGCCUGCAUGCACGCUGCGCAGAACGAGCGUCUUCCACUAAGAGUAGUUGUGCAAGUCCUCUUCUCCGAACAGGUGAAGAUAAGCAAUGCAAUGGCCAACAAUUCACUGAAAGAGGCUGGGGAGUCACAUUACCAGCCAAUGGUCACAAACAGGAAAUCCCUUCUUGAAGGGACGCCGCAGUCGUUCCAAGAAGGUUGGACGGGCGCUAAAAAGGAUAUAAACACACUCAAAUUUGAGCUUGAGACAGUGAAAGCCAAGUAUCUUGAGCUCCAGAAUGAGAUGGAGAAUCUUCAGAGACAGUUUGAUAAAAUGUCAAAGCAGAAACAGACUUCAGCUUGGAGCAGUGGUUGGAAAAAACUGAGCAAACUCACAAAGAUGACAAAUUUGGAGAACCAUGAUAUUGGGCCUCAGAUUCCCACAGCUGCUGAUCAGCAGAACAGAAAGACUCCUAGAAGGUGGAGAGUGUCCUUAUCUUGA